AGACCUUCUAAAAGAAAAGGAAGCAUUUGGGCUGAGACGACGAGAUAAAAUUUUGUUCAAAAUCAGUUAUAUUUGCGUAUUAAAAGCGGCAAAGCAAUAAACUCUAGCCCUCAAACGAGUUUAAAAAUUUUUUUGUAUUAAUUCUAUUAAAAAAAACGUUUAUAAAGCGAAACUAAUUCAAAAUGCCGCGUCCUAUUGCUAGUCAAGAAGAUGAGGAUCCAACCCCAUACUUGUUUGUGUCGUUGGAACAAAGGCGUAUCGAUCAAUCGAAACCUUAUGAUCCGAAAAAGAAUUGUUGGGUACCCGAUGAGAAGGAAGGCUUCUUGCUUGGUGAAAUUAAGGCCACCAAGGGUGACUUGGUCACCGUUAAUUUGCCGGGCGGUGAGUUGAAAGAUUUUAAAGCGGACAAGGUGGAAAAAACGAAUCCACCAAAAUUCGAAAAAAUUGAAGAUAUGGCUGAUAUGACGGUGUUGAAUACUCCGUGCGUGUUACACAAUUUAAGGCAACGAUACUACUCGAAAAUCAUUUACACCUAUUCUGGUCUUUUCUGUAUUGCCAUCAAUCCCUACAAGCGUUACCCCGUAUAUACCAACCGUUGCGCUAAAAUGUACCGUGGUAAGCGUCGUAAUGAAGUGCCACCACAUAUUUUCGCUAUUUCUGACGGUGCCUACGUCGAUAUGUUGACCAACCACGUCAAUCAAUCUAUGUUGAUUACCGGUGAGUCUGGUGCUGGUAAGACUGAGAACACCAAAAAGGUAAUUGCGUAUUUCGCCACCGUCGGUGCCUCAAGCAAAAAGGAUGAAAGUCAAAAGAACAAGGGCUCCCUGGAAGAUCAGGUCGUACAAACUAAUCCUGUAUUGGAAGCCUUCGGUAACGCUAAGACCGUCCGUAACGAUAACUCUUCUCGUUUCGGUAAAUUCAUUCGUAUUCACUUUGGUCCCACUGGUAAAUUGGCUGGUGCUGAUAUUGAAACUUAUCUGCUAGAGAAGGCUCGUGUCAUCUCCCAGCAAUCUUUGGAGCGUUCUUAUCACAUUUUCUAUCAGAUUAUGUCCAAUGCCGUGGCCGGUGUUAAAGAAUACUGUUUGUUAUCCAAUAACAUCUACGAUUAUCAUAUAGUCUCACAGGGCAAAGUUACCGUUGCCAGUAUUGAUGAUCCUGAAGAAUUCAUUCUUACCGAUCAAGCUUUCGAUAUCUUGGGCUUCACUCGCGAUGAAAAAGAGAACGUGUACAGAAUUACAGCCGCUGUCAUGCAUAUGGGUGGUAUGAAGUUCAAGCAACGUGGUCGCGAAGAGCAGGCUGAACAAGAUGGUGAAGAAGAAGGUGGCCGUGUUGCCAAGUUAUUCGGUUGCGAUACCGCCGAAUUGUACAAGAAUUUGUUGAAACCACGUAUUAAGGUCGGUAACGAAUUCGUCACCCAGGGUCGUAACGUACAACAGGUCACCAACUCUAUUGGUGCCCUUUGCAAGGGUGUAUUCGAUCGUCUAUUCAAAUGGCUGGUUAAGAAGUGUAACGAAACUUUAGAUACCAAACAGAAGCGUCAGCAUUUCAUUGGUGUACUGGAUAUUGCUGGUUUUGAAAUUUUCGACUACAAUGGUUUUGAGCAAUUGUGCAUCAACUUUACCAAUGAAAAAUUGCAACAAUUCUUUAACCAUCACAUGUUUGUGCUGGAACAAGAAGAAUAUAAAAAGGAGGGCAUUGACUGGGACUUUAUCGAUUUCGGUAUGGACUUGUUGGCCUGUAUUGAUUUAAUUGAAAAGCCUAUGGGCAUCUUGUCCAUUCUUGAGGAAGAGUCUAUGUUCCCUAAGGCUACUGAUCAAACCUUUGCCGAAAAAUUGGUUAACACUCACUUGGGCAAAUCGGCUCCAUUCCAGAAGCCUAAACCACCAAAGCCCGGUCAACAAGCUGCUCACUUUGCCAUUGGCCAUUAUGCUGGUGUCGUAGCCUAUAAUAUUACGGGUUGGUUGGAAAAGAACAAGGAUCCCUUGAACGAUACUGUUGUCGAUCAAUUCAAAAAAUCAAAGAAUGCUUUAUUGAUUGAAAUCUUCGCCGAUCAUCCUGGCCAAUCGGGCGGUGCUGAUCAAGCUAAGGGCGGUCGUGGUAAGAAGGGUGGUGGCUUCGCUACUGUAUCUUCGGGUUACAGAGAACAGUUGAACAGUUUGAUGACAACUUUACGCUCGACACAGCCUCACUUUGUACGUUGCAUCAUUCCAAACGAAAUGAAACAGCCCGGUGUCGUUGACGCUCACUUGGUAAUGCAUCAGCUAACUUGUAACGGUGUACUUGAAGGUAUCCGUAUUUGCCGUAAAGGCUUCCCCAACAGAAUGGUGUACUCUGACUUUAAACAGCGGUAUCAGAUCCUUUGUCCGGCUGGCAUAAAGGGUGUGGAUGAUCAUAAGAAAGCUUCGAAAAUCCUUCUCGAGUCCACUUCAUUAGAUCCCGAUAUGUACCGUAUUGGUCACACUAAGGUAUUCUUCCGUGCCGGUGUCUUGGGUCAAAUGGAGGAGUUCCGUGAUGAACGUUUGGGCAAAAUUAUGUCUUGGAUGCAGGCCUGGGCUCGUGGUUACUUGGCUCGUAAAGGCUUCAAGAAAUUGCAAGAACAACGUGUUGCUCUUAAAGUUGUGCAACGUAAUUUGCGCAAAUACAUGCAAUUGCGUACCUGGCCCUGGUACAAAUUGUGGCAGAAGAUCAAGCCUUUGCUCAACGUAUCGCGCGUGGAGGAUGAGAUCGCUCGCUUAGAAGAAAAGGCAAAGAAAGCUGAAGAGGCCCAUGCCGCUGAAGUUAAGGUCCGCAAGGAAUUGGAGGCCCUUAAUGCCAAAUUGUUAGCUGAAAAGACUGCAUUGUUGGAUUCCUUGUCCGGCGAGAAAGGUGCAUUGCAAGACUAUCAAGAAAGAUGCGCCAAAUUGCAAGCUCAGAAGAACGAUCUCGAAAAUCAGUUACGUGAUAUUCAAGAUCGUUUGACUCAAGAGGAAGAUGCUCGCAACCAAUUGUUCCAACAGAAGAAAAAGGCUGAUCAAGAAAUUUCUGGCCUGAAAAAAGAUAUUGAAGACUUGGAAUUGAAUGUUCAAAAGUCUGAGCAAGACAAGGCCACCAAGGAUCAUCAAAUUCGCAACUUGAACGAUGAAAUCGCCCAUCAGGAUGAGCUCAUCAAUAAAUUGAAUAAGGAGAAGAAGAUGCAAGGUGAAGCUAACCAAAAGACUGGUGAAGAGUUGCAAGCUGCUGAAGACAAAAUCAAUCACUUGAACAAAGUUAAGGCUAAGCUCGAACAGACCCUAGACGAAUUGGAAGAUUCGUUGGAGCGUGAGAAGAAAAUGCGUGGUGAUGUUGAAAAGGGUAAGCGCAAGGUAGAGGGCGAUUUGAAACUCACCCAAGAAGCUGUCGCUGAUUUGGAGCGCAACAAGAAGGAAUUAGAACAGACCAUUCAACGUAAAGACAAGGAAUUGUCGUCAAUUACUGCCAAAUUGGAUGAUGAACAAGUUGUUGUAAGCAAACAUCAACGACAAAUCAAGGAAUUGCAGGCCCGUAUUGAGGAAUUGGAGGAAGAAGUCGAAGCUGAACGUCAAGCUCGUGCCAAGGCUGAGAAACAACGUGCUGACUUGGCCCGCGAAUUGGAAGAAUUGGGCGAACGUCUUGAGGAAGCCGGUGGUGCAACUUCGGCCCAAAUUGAACUCAACAAGAAACGUGAAGCCGAACUCAGCAAAUUGCGCCGCGACUUGGAAGAGGCCAAUAUCCAACACGAAUCCACUUUGGCUAACUUGCGCAAGAAGCACAACGAUGCUGUCGCUGAAAUGGCUGAACAAGUUGAUCAGCUCAACAAAUUGAAGGCUAAGGCUGAAAAGGAGAAGAACGAAUACUACGCGCAAUUGAACGACCUCCGCAGUUGCGUCGAUCACCUUACCAAUGAGAAGGCUGCCCAAGAGAAGAUUGCCAAACAAUUGCAACAUACCUUGAACGAGGUGCAAUCCAAAUUGGAUGAGACCAACAGAACUCUCAACGAUUUCGAUGCCGCCAAGAAGAAGCUCUCCAUUGAGAAUUCCGAUCUGUUACGUCAAUUGGAAGAAGCCGAAUCACAAGUUUCGCAAUUGUCCAAGAUCAAAAUCUCGCUUACUACUCAGCUUGAAGAUACCAAACGCUUGGCCGAUGAGGAAGCCCGCGAACGUGCCACCCUUUUGGGUAAGUUCCGUAACUUGGAACACGACUUGGAUAACCUCCGAGAACAAGUUGAAGAAGAAGCCGAAGGAAAGGCCGAUUUGCAACGUCAACUCAGCAAAGCAAACGCUGAAGCUCAAUUAUGGCGCAGCAAAUACGAAUCCGAUGGUGUUGCCCGCUCCGAAGAAUUAGAAGAAGCGAAGAGGAAGUUGCAAGCUCGUUUGGCUGAAGCUGAGGAAACCAUCGAAUCCCUCAACCAGAAAUGCAUCGGUCUCGAGAAGACCAAACAACGCCUAUCCACCGAAGUUGAAGACUUGCAAUUGGAAGUUGACCGUGCUAACGCAAUUGCCAACGCUGCCGAGAAGAAACAAAAAGCCUUCGACAAAAUCAUUGGAGAAUGGAAACUCAAAGUUGACGAUUUAGCCGCUGAGCUUGAUGCAUCCCAGAAGGAAUGCCGCAACUAUUCCACUGAAUUGUUCAGAUUGAAGGGUGCUUAUGAAGAAGGUCAAGAACAACUUGAAGCUGUCCGACGUGAAAAUAAGAAUUUGGCUGAUGAAGUCAAGGAUCUGCUCGAUCAAAUCGGUGAAGGUGGUCGCAACAUCCACGAAAUCGAAAAAGCUCGCAAGCGUUUGGAAGCCGAAAAGGAUGAACUACAAGCCGCUCUAGAGGAAGCCGAAGCUGCUUUGGAACAAGAAGAAAACAAAGUAUUGCGCGCUCAAUUGGAAUUGUCACAAGUACGUCAAGAAAUCGAUCGUCGCAUUCAAGAAAAAGAAGAAGAAUUCGAAAACACCCGCAAGAACCAUCAACGUGCUCUCGAUUCCAUGCAAGCCUCGCUCGAAGCCGAAGCCAAGGGUAAGGCUGAGGCUCUACGCAUGAAGAAGAAGUUGGAAGCCGACAUCAACGAAUUGGAAAUUGCUUUGGAUCACGCCAACAAGGCUAAUGCCGAGGCCCAAAAGAAUAUCAAACGCUACCAACAACAACUCAAAGAUCUACAAACCGCUCUUGAAGAAGAGCAGAGAGCCCGUGAUGAUGCUCGCGAACAAUUGGGUAUCUCCGAACGUCGUGCCAACGCUCUGCAAAACGAACUUGAGGAAUCUCGUACUCUGCUUGAACAAGCCGAUCGCGGCCGCCGUCAAGCUGAACAAGAAUUGGCUGAUGCUCAUGAACAACUUAAUGAAGUUUCUGCUCAAAAUGCUUCCAUCGCCGCUGCUAAGAGGAAAUUGGAAUCCGAACUGCAAACACUCCACUCCGAUUUGGAUGAACUAUUGAAUGAAGCUAAGAACUCUGAAGAAAAAGCCAAAAAGGCCAUGGUUGAUGCUGCCCGUCUAGCCGAUGAACUCCGCGCUGAACAAGACCACGCCCAAACUCAAGAGAAACUAAGAAAAGCUCUUGAACAGCAAAUUAAAGAAUUGCAAGUUCGUUUGGAUGAAGCUGAAGCCAACGCUCUCAAAGGCGGUAAGAAAGCCAUUCAAAAAUUGGAGCAACGUUGUCGCGAAUUGGAGAACGAAUUGGAUGGUGAGCAAAGGAGACAUGCCGAUGCCCAAAAGAACCUUCGCAAAUCAGAACGCCGUAUUAAGGAAUUGAGCUUCCAGUCCGAGGAGGACCGCAAGAAUCACGAGCGCAUGCAAGAUCUAGUAGAUAAACUUCAACAGAAGAUUAAGACCUACAAGAGGCAAAUUGAAGAAGCCGAAGAAAUUGCCGCCCUCAAUUUGGCCAAAUUCCGUAAGGCCCAACAAGAGCUCGAAGAAGCCGAAGAACGUGCCGAUUUAGCCGAACAGGCCAUCAGCAAAUUCCGCGCUAAGGGUCGCGGCGGUUCUGUCGGUCGUGGUGCCAGUCCAGCGCCCCGAGCAAUGUCCGUACGGCCACAAUUGGACGGUAUGGCUUUCCCACCUAGAUUCGACCUUGCUCCAGAAAACGAAUUCUAAAUGUCAUUAAAGCACAUUUUCAACUAAUUUUUUUUUUUUCUUAAUUAAAAAAUUUUUAAUUUAAAAGAAAAAAAAUAAAACAAUGGAAACAUAAAAAUUUAAAAAAAAAAAAAAAAAAUGAAUGAAACCAUAAUAUUAACAACUAAUCGAACGACGGGAGGAAAAUACACUUAGGCAAUAAAUGAAUUUCCGUAAAAAAGAGAGAAAAAAACAAAUGAAAAGAAACAAAAAAACAAAAAAAAAAAUUAUGUAAUAUCGACAUAAGCCUUCUUAUUGAAUAUGAUUAGCGUAUAGGACUUUUACAGCAGUGUUCUUUAUUUAUGUAGAUGUAAAACACACAUGGAUAUCUUGUCGUAUAUAUAGAACAGAGAUACUUUUGUAUGUGUAUUUAGGUUGUUUUUUUUUUCGAUCAUCAACUUUUUAUGUGAACAACAUAUGAAAGGAAGAACGCAAGCGUUACCAACAUUGCUGAAUAGGCGACAAUAAUAAUAAUAACAACAACAACAACAACAACAA